UUCUUAUGAAAAAACGUAUAGGGUACAAAAUAAAAAAUUCUUUCUAAGUUGUUCUUGUAAACAGAAAACGCUUAAAUCUCGGUUUACACCACUAAAUUAACAGCACUGUUUUUUAUUCUCUUUAUUUGCGUUUAAUUUUUUUUUUUUUUUUGUUGGUGGAUGGAGUUUGCAGCGAGCGAGCAAGUUAACUUUUUUUAGUUUAAAAGUGGUCGUCUUGGUUGAUUGUCGUGUGCAAUUUCUGUGCGGUUAACAAUUAUAGUGACAUUCACUAAAAAAAAUACUUUUUUUUGAUAAUUGUCAUUGUGAUUUCCUGGUACUAUUUCUUUUUAUAAAUUUUUUGGUGAAGAAAUAUCUUAAAAAGAGUAAUAAAAAAAUGCAUUUAUUUUAAAAAUAAAAUUCAACAAAUUUUGAGAAAACGAGAAAAAAAAACAACGGCCAAAGUUUUCAUUAAUAAAAGUGGUUAAUAAAAAGUUAAUGGAAGUUGAAAUACAUAUAAAUAAAACGAUAAAAAUUAUAAAAAGUUAAAAAAAACGAAAUUGAAAAAAGCAAAUAAUAUAAAAAGAUUAGAAGGAAAAAGCACAAGAAGAAGAAAAUCAUUGAAAAAAAGUAACAAAAAGGGCGAAAGAAGAAGCAAAAGCAGAGUGUAAUGGGUAAACAAAAAAUCUAUUGCGCCAAAUGCGACAAAAAAUGUUCCGGUGAAGUGUUACGUGUCGCUGAUAAACAUUUUCAUAAGGCCUGUUUCCAAUGUUGUCAGUGUAAGAAAUCAUUAGCCACAGGUGGUUUCUUUACCAAAGAUGGUGCUUACUAUUGUAUACCCGAUUAUCAGCGUUUAUAUGGUACAAAAUGUGCUGCCUGUUCGAAUUAUGUGGAGGGAGAAGUGGUCUCAACAAUGGGCAAAACUUAUCACCAAAAGUGUUUCACAUGUUCCAAAUGUAAACAUCCAUUUAAAUCUGGUAGUAAGGUAACUAACACGGGUAAAGAGGUGCUUUGUGAAAAUUGUGUUGCUGGUCCCGGUGCUAUAUCACCCACACGUCAACAGCAACAACAACAGCAAGUAACCAAAGAUGGUACAGUAUCACCAACACCUGUGGCUGAGUCACCAACUCGUGCUACGGCCCAUCAACAAAUGACCACUGGUGUUUUAUCGGAUAAGGCACAUUUAAAAGAGGACUACGAUCCCAAUGAUUGUGCCGGCUGUGGAGAAUUGUUAAAGGAGGGUCAAGCAUUAGUAGCAUUAGAUCGUCAAUGGCAUGUUUGGUGCUUCCGUUGUAAAUCCUGUACUGCCGUUUUAAAUGGUGAAUAUAUGGGUAAAGACGGUGUGCCGUAUUGUGAGAAAUGUUAUCAGAAAUCCUUCGGUGUCAAGUGCGCCUACUGUAAUCGUUUUAUUAGCGGCAAAGUAUUGCAGGCGGGAGAAAAUCAUCAUUUCCAUCCAACAUGUGCUCGCUGCACCAAAUGUGGUGAUCCAUUUGGUGAUGGUGAGGAAAUGUAUUUGCAAGGCAGUGCUAUAUGGCAUCCACGUUGUGGUCCUGGACCCAAUGAAACUGGUCUAAUAUUGAAUGGAGGCAGUGGUGUUGGUGUUUCAAAUGGCAAUUUCACCGAUACCGAAUGUGACCGCAUGAGUUCGAGUGCUUUAAGUGAUAUGUACAUACGCUCCCGAACGCCGAGUUUUAAUGGUUCCGUAUAUUCCUCUAGCCGCAAGCAUUUCCGUACGGUUAGUCCUGGUUUGAUAUUACGUGAAUAUGGCCGUCAUGGCGGAGAAGAUAUUUCACGUAUCUACACCUACAGCUAUUUAACAGAUGCUCCCAAUUAUUUGCGUAAACCGAUUGAUCCAUAUGAUAAGACUCCACUCUCACCACACUUCCAUAGGCCAUCAUCAUAUGCCACUAGCAAUGCCGGUUCAGUGGCUGGCAGUCGACCACCAUCACGUCCUGGCUCGCGUACACGCAGCGCCAUGAAAGUGUUGGUGGAUGCUAUAAGUUCAGAAACACCCAGACCAAAAAGUCCUGCCAUGAACAACGAAGAACCCAUAGAAUUGUCACAUUAUCCGGGAGCCAAAAAGCCACAACCGGGUGAAAAACCCAAAAUCGAACGUGAUGAUUUUCCUGCACCGCCAUAUCCCUACACAGAUCCCGAAAGAAGACGGCGUUAUAGCGAUUCAUACAAAGGUGUACCCGUAUCGGAUGAUGAAGAAGAAACCGAAACGAAAAAUGGUGAAACAGAUUCACGUUUACAACGUGAAGCUAAAGAAUUGGAAAAAUUAAAUUCCGGCAUUGGUUCUGCUAUAGCUAAAGAUUUAAAAGAAACUGCUAAAUACCGCAAGUGGAAACAACAAAAUCUAGAUCCCAGAAAUGCAUCACGCACACCUUCAGCAUCCAAAGAACCAGUAUAUAAAUUAAGAUACGAGUCUCCUAUUGGUGCCUCACCAUCACGUAAUUUGGAUCAUCAGAAACCAUUCUACGAAGAUGAAAUGUUCGAUCGUUCAACGAGCUACAGAGGUUCACUUGGUAAAUCAUUGGGCAAUGCACCCAGUUAUAACGCUAUACAUUCCUACCGAUCACCACCAAAACCUGGAUAUGGAUUUAAAACAUCAACCUUGCCGCCGUAUAUACGCAAUGGCUAUAGUUCAGAUUUUUCAUAUGGAGGUCUUGGUGAUAAAACGCACAGUACAGAUUUAAGUUGUGGCAAAUCAGAAGCCUCAGUUGAUUCUAUAACCGAAGGUGAUAGACGCGCUUUAAUGGGUGGUGAUUUACCCGCCUCUAGCACAUAUUCGGGAGCUUUGUCUUAUCACUAUCCACAGGCUGGUUUAAUACGCCGCAGCUUGCCUAAUAUGGCCCAUUCGAUGUUGGUUCACGAGCCGGCUAAAAUUUAUCCUUAUCAUUUGCUUGUUAUCACAAACUAUCGUUUGCCUUCAGAUGUUGAUCGCUGCAAUUUAGAGCGCCAUUUAUCAGAUGUUGAAUUUGAACACAUUUUACAAUGUACCAGAGCCGAUUUCUACAGAUUCCCUCAAUGGCGACGAAAUGAAUUGAAACGACGUGUAAAACUAUUCUAAAUCAAAAGAAAUUGCUUAAAAAAACACAAACACGCGUACACACAAUAUAAUUGAGAAAUAUUAAAAGGGUUUUUAGUUUUUUUGUAAGCCUAAAAGCAGUUUUGAAAGAAAAACUGUGAAAAUUGAUACCAAAACAAAUAUAUAUUUUUUCUAAAAACUAUUUAUUUUGCAAAAACUUCUAAAAAAAAAAGCAAAACAAAAAACACGUUAAAUGUUAAAACAGCUUUAGUAAAAAAACCAACAACAACCAAAAAAUAAUAACAAAAAAAAAAAAAAUAAAAAUCUAAAAUAUUUAAACACUACCAAUACACCACAAAACAAAAAAAAAAAAAACAAAAUAAAUUUUAAUUAUAAAAGAAAUCCCUCACCCUAUAUACACCCUACUCUGAAAUCAUCACGUAUGCAGCUAGAGUUUUUAUUUAUAGAUAAAAAUUAAAAAAUUAAACACUUAAAUUGGCUUGUUUUUCCUCCAGAGAAA